GGAGCAGUCGCGCUUUUUUGUUUUUUCUGUGGUCCUUCUCCGCCGUCCAUUUUUCUCCGUUUUCGCUCUCUCGCACUCGUUGGUUUCUCGCCGCAGUGCGGGCAGAGCUCCGGCGCGCUCGGAACGAAGACAGAGGAGGAAGGCGUGAGCUUUCUCGUUUUUCUCGAUUUUCUGGUUUGUUUUGUGGAGGACGCGUGUCGACUCACUCUGGCGGAUCCCCCGGUUUUCUCUGCGGCACAAACGCCCCGUUCCUUCCCCCUCAGAGAACGGCCGCACUUCCCUCCGUUUUUUGCGCAGGUCGCGAACUCCCCACGCCGCCUCUUGUGCAAGGUGACCACUGUGGAGAAAGCGUGUUUUUUGCUCCUUAAAUUCUUCCCGUCUUUCUCAGACUUCUUUUCCUUCUCGUCAUCUUCCGUUCUCCACACUUUUUCGUUUCCCCAACCCUCCGCCGGUCCCCCGCCUCGCCGGCGUUGGUCCUCCGCCGCCUCUUGCUACGUGUCUCCACUUUGUCAGCAUUUUUCUGGCGGCUAAAAAUUCACAAAAUUCCCCGUCUUCCCACUUUCUCUCUAAGCAAACUCUUGCCACCGUUCUGCGCGCUUGUGUCCCCGGUUGUUUCACUCCCCUGGACUGUGUUGUGUCGAUUCUCCACGUCCGAGUGGACCUCUGGACCUCGAAAGGGACCCAGCGUUUCCCCUGCGAGUCUUCCGUCGCAUGCUUCACGAAAAAAGCGUUGCGACUUUGAAACCGUGCGUUCCUCGACACUUUGAGUGCUCCACACGUUUCGCCAUCUCUCGCGGAAAAGGAUUCGCCGCGCGACUCUCUCCUGUUUGCCGCACUCCGCAUUUGCGCUCUCUUGCGCGUUCGUUCUGCCUGAAACCUUCCGCCUUUUCUCGGUUCAAAGAGCGGGAAAAUGCAGUCUUUCCAGAAGCCUGAAAACGCGCUCAAACGCGCGGAUGAACUUCUCUCUGUGGGCCAACAAGACGCCGCCCUCAAAAUUCUCCACGGUGCCAUUGGGCAUCGACGCUUCCGGUCUCAAGGAUGGGACAGCGUCCAGGAGACGAUUAUGAUUCGUCACGUUCAGCUGUGCGUUGACGAGAACAAGCUGCGUCUGGCUCGCGAUGGUCUGCACCAGUACAGGAUCAUCUCUCAGCAUGCCAACAUCCAGUCUCUUGGCAAAGUGAUUGCGGAGCUGCGCAGCCGCGCAGAGCAGAAGCUGACGCAGGCGAAAGAGUCGGCGGCGGGGGCGUCUGCGAGUCCGAAGAGCGCGGACGCGCCGGUGUUGCCUGGACAAGGUUUGGGCGAUUUGGACUCGGUCGCGGACUCUCCGGAAGACUUGCUGCUCUCGACCCUGCAGAUCGAGGUUCGCUCGGCGGAGGCUCGCGGCAUCCACCAGGCGCUCCGCAGCGUUUGGGACGUCUACAAGAUGGUGCUCGAUUUGCUGCGCACGACUCCGAAGCUCGAGCGCGUCUACCACGAGACUGCGCGGAAGGCCUUUCUCUUUUGCAAGGAGAACCAGCGUCCGCAGGAGUUCAAGCGCCUUUGCGAUGUGCUCAGAAGCCACUUCGCUCUGAUUCUGAAGAACCGCCACAAGGAGGACUACGAAUCGCUUAUGCGCCCGGAUCUGCAUCUGGAGACGCGCAUGCAGCAGCUGGUCGUGGCGUCCGAGCUGGAGCUCUGGCGCGAGUGCUACGCGACUGCCGAGGACCUCUACUCGCUCGGCCUCCACGACUACUUCCUCAAGGCUCUCCGCACGGGGCAAGACCUCUUCCAUAACAGUCGCGAGAAACUCAUGCGCUGGCUGGCCAUCUACUACGAGAAGCUCAGCCGCGUCACCUGGGUCGCAGAAAACUACUUGUUCCACGCUCUCGCCUGGAUCAAGCUUCUUCUCCACGUCAAAGGCUUCAAGAAAAACGCUUCUCAAGAGGACCUUCAAGCCAUGGCCUCCGUCGCCGUCCUCGCCGUGCUCUCGAUCCCCAUCUCUGGAGCAGAGAAGAAGCCUGGCGACGACGCCGUGACGAUGGGAGAGGGCAUGAACUACGGCUCUUUGGAGCAGCAGAAGAAGCUGACAAUGUUGCUUGGUCACUCGACUCUGCCGUCUCGGGAGGGCCUCAAGGCUGUGCUUUUCACCAAGGACCUCGUCUCUCUCGCGGACGAGAACUGUCAACAGCUCCUUUCCUUGAUUGAAAGCGAGUUCACGCCUCUCAAGCUCUGCUCUCUCUGCCAGCCUCUGUUGGACGCGGUGAGCGCGAAUCCGUUGCUGGAGCCCUACGUGUAUCCCUUGAAGAGGGUCAUCUUCCACAAGUUGAUUUUCCAGCUUUCUCGCGUGUACGCGACUCUCUCGAUCAAGCACUUCACGACGCACAUCUGCACGGCGUCCUUCCUUCCCUGGUCGCACGCAGAGAAGCUGUUCGUAGCGCUCGUCCAGGAGCAGCAGGCCUCCUCGAGCUCCUUCGGAUCUGCGUCCGCGAACUCGAACGCGAAUCUGUCUAUUCGACUGGACUACGCGAGCAGCGCAAUUCUCUUCGAGACUCCCGACGCAGCGGCCGCGAACACACUCCGACACCAACUCUGCAACUUGGCAAAGCAAAUCGACAAGGCGGUGCACAUGAUUUGCCCUGGACAGUCGAUGGAGGAGAGAAUGGAUCGGCGCCGAUUCCUGCAGGAGUUGCCGGCGCGUUUGGAGGCGGAGACGCGACGGAUGGCGGAGCGCACGCGGGCCACUCACUCGCGUCGCCUCGAGAAACAGGAGGAGCAGCAAAAGAUGGAAGAAGAGCGAAGAAGAAAGGAAGCUGAGCAACGCAGAGUCGAAGAGAAGCAAGAGCGCGAGCGCCGUGAAGAGGCGACGCGUCGUCGGGAAGAGCGACGCAUGCAGCAGGAGAAAAUCAAACAGAGGAGCGAGACUGCUGCCCAAAUGUUGGAGGAGAUAAAAAAGCUGGGCACCAAGGCUUCGAGCAAUAUUCUGAUUAAGGGCAAACAACUAGGAGACAUUAACAUCGACGAUGUUCUGCAAGGAAACGUCGACUACGACGAUCUAGAAAAAGCUCAAAUGAUGCAACUCAACCAGGAGAGAAUUGCUCGUCUGCGGCAGAGACGCCAGAACUUCCGUCGCGUUUGUCACUUCAUUCGCGCAUGCCGCGAGGAAGAGUUGCCGCUCCUCAUCAGAUGGCAAGAAGAGCAGUUGGCCCGCGACACUCAAAUUCUUCUCGACAUGCAGAACCGGCACGAGGAAGAGCACAAGGCUGCCUUCGAGGCAGCGCUGGAAGAGAAGCAGAUCUUCGAGGUUGUCAAGGAAGACAAGGAGAAGUGGGUUGCGGAGAAGAUUGCAGUUCGUCAGAAGGACUUUGAACAGCAGGCGCAGGAGCAGCGCGAGCGUCUCCUCCACGUUCUGCGACAGGCAAAGAUUCAACGCGCGCGUGCUCGCAAAGAGGAACAUCUGAAGAAACUCAAAAUCGAAGUCGAACGCAAGAGGAUGGAGGAGGAACAGAAGAAGUACCUCGAGCAACUGGAGAAGAAAAGACAGGAGGAAGAGGCGAAGGCAAAACGCCUGGCUGAGCAGGCAGAAAAGCAACGUCAGCGCGAACUCGAAAUUGAGGAGAAGCAGCGCCAACUGGACCUGGAAGCGUCAGCGGCUCUGCGGAGCGCCCCGCGCGCGGCGCCUGCGUCUCCUCAGAAGGUCGAGGGAUCGAUCUCUCCGGCGAGCAGCGUCCCUCCAUCUGCAGGAGACUCGUGGCGAAAGGGUGACCGGACUGAAACCGCCCGUCGACGGGUGCCUGCUCAGAGCCAGGGUCGCGGAGAACAGGACGAGGGCUUCGAGCGCUGGAGAGAAGGAAAAGUGAACUCUGGAAACGGAAACGACGAAGAGAAGACGCGACCCAGAUUCCGAGUCGCAGCCGCUGCACUGUCUGAACACCUCUCAGCGGGAAAGGAAGGACGCGAUGAAAUUCAGAACGGAGAUGCGCAGAAGCCCGAAGACGACGGAUUCACCACAGUGUCCAGGAACCGAAGAAAGUGAAUGCAUCGACGCAGGGAAGAGAGUCUCAGGAAAAGGGAUGGGUAGAACAGCGGCGAGAGACGCGCUCGGGAGACGGGAAGAGCAGAAACGGAGUGGGGCAGAUGUCCAUUCGAGAGUUCGCUGGACUCCGCGUGACGCUUCACAAGUGUUUCUCGCGGUGUCUUGAAGUUUUCUUACACUUCUCGAGUUACCGCAAGUUUUUCGGGUGUAGACUACUCUCUGCUGCGGCAAAACCGCUCCUGUCUAGUAGCAGAGCCGGAACGCGGUUGCGAAACUAUAGGGGAGAGGGGCAGCUCUGCUGCAGCUCGGGUGUACAUCCACUGCAGAGACGCGGGACUCGCGGGUAGCCCUGGGCAAGCUGCCAUGAAAGUCGAUUUUUCUGCAGAACAGAGGGCGCUGCCCGUUUCCAGAGAUGCAGUUAAGCACCUGCGUUUCUGUAAGGUGUCGAGUUUUGCGUAGGUUCUUGUCAGCUCCGAGGGAGACUUUUGUACGAUGUGCUUGUGUCUGCAUGCGCGCGGGAAAAGAGGUGUGUGCUACGGCUGCGCGGGCAACUGAAGAUCGCGUUUCUCGUGGCUGAGGAUCGAUGUGAGACAGGCCAGAGUGUUCAGUGACGUUGUUUUUUGCGAUACAUACGACUUCGUUUCCCCUCAACUCGAGUGGGAGCUCCACCAAAACUAGAAGAAAACGGAGUGCCGCCCUAGUGGUGGUGUAUCUUUUGCCAUGCAGAGCCUUCUUCGUUCCUCUGAGGCGCACGCACAUUCUUUGCUCCCCUUUCCGCCG